AUGAUAAUAGAUACUCUUAGGAGUUUAGUGUAAAAAUAAUAAUAACUUUAUGUAAAUAAUGUAUUAACAAUUUUAGUUUGGAUAUGAGAAUAAGAACUAUAAAAAAAAAGGGUAAAAAUAGUUUAGUGAUGAUGGACUAUUUUUUAAUAAUUUAUAUUUAAGAAGUAAAUAAAUAUUCAUAAGCGAGAAAAGAAUGUGUGUAUCAUAAAUUAAGUUAUGUUGA